AUGGCAGUACAAAAAAGCCGAACGCAAUCGAAACGUCCUUUGCGAAAAAAAGCCUGUACCGCGUGCUCAAAAGCAAAGGUGAGGUGCGAUCUAAAACGCAAGGCCUGUUCUCGCUGUGUAGAGCGCGGGAUUGAAAACGGGUGUCACUACCCAUUAUCUGUAGAUCAAGAUGUGAACUCUACAACCCCAGUUCUUGAUGAUGCAAUCAACUCCAAUACUGUGGAAUCGCAACAAGGAAUAGGACAGGAGCCAGGACUGGAUUACCAAGUCGCCGUGAACACGCCUCGGCCUUGUCCUCUGCUGCAGUCGGAGAACGACGAACCAGUAACCGAAAGCUCUCCUCAACACUUGAUCAAGGUUGACAAUCUAGUUAACAAGCUGGACUCUCCCAAAAAUCGCGGAUACUCUCCGGAAUCUAAAGAUGAAACUGAGGAGUUGAACUUCAAAAAUGUUAAACUGGUAUGCACCGUGAGCUACAAGAAUAUUGAGAACAGAUGGCUCAACACUUACCUGUUACCUGCAGAUCAGAAGCGCAAGAGCUAUCCUCCGAAUGUGACCAUUUUCAUUUCCCGCAUGCUCAAAGCGUAUUGCACGAUGCCAAUUCAACGGGAUGUAUUUCCACCCUUUGUACAUAGCUGCCAGGUUAGCCCGUCGACCCUGCCGACUGCGCUGGCAAUUUGCCUCAGUUUAAUGCGAUUGUUCGACAGACGAAUGGCAGCUCAAAACUUCGUAAUACAGGACACCCUCGACAGGGAAAUGGCUCGUUUGUUCCAAGGAUACAGCAGCUGUGAUGAGGUUGAUCUUUUAGCGUCUUUCCAGGCCUACCUUAUUUAUUCUAUGACUCUCUACUUUGAACUUAAGCACCGGGAUCACGAUGGAAUGCAUGAGGUCAUCAUGAAUUUACAGGUCAUGGCAUGUGAGCUCGCGCGGCGUGGGCUCACCUGUCCGGCCGAGUUGUCCUGUUCGAGGCCUGAUUGGGAGUCUUGGAUUAUGGCUGAAGCUAAAAGAAGAUCGAUAUUCACAAUGUACCUUUUCGAUAGCCUCCUUUCAGCCGAGAGUGGCCAGCCUACGUUUCUCGCUACAGAAUUGCAAGGUACUUUGGCCCCUUCAGGGCAAACACUGUGGCAAGCCACAACGAGAGAUGCGUGGACGAUAUGUUAUAACCAGUAUUUAUACGAGUGGGGUGUUGAUGGGCCGCUAUUGAUUGAUGAGCUUUGGUCUUCUCCCCCCGGAUUGACGACCUUAGAGCAAAAGGCUCGAAACCACAGAGUGGAUCGAUGGCUAUCAGACCUAGAUAAUUAUGGCGCCAUGCUGUUCGCAGUGACUGCAUGUACGCACAGCUCCUGA